CGAGCACUCUCGUCAACCUACAAGAGACGCCGUUCAUAGCCUCCUUUGCUUGACUUCUUUUCGUCUAUAAUUAUCUGGCAUUGACCCCUUGUCUAUCCUGUCCAUCGUUCGACUCUGAACCCAAACGAGGAAGCGCCAAGGUUUGACCAGCGACGUUCGAAUCAGGUUCCUAGCGCUGGAUAGGCAGUUACCGGCAGCCAUGGCGGGACACGGGCCGGGCAUGCUCUACGUGACAAUGCAGCCGCGAGACGGUCUCUCGCUUGACCAGUUUCACGAGUGGUACAACAACGAGCACGGCCCAACACGCCUGCGGCUCCCGCACAUCUUUCUCAACGGUCUUCGGUACCGCGCCACCGACGGCCAGGAGCCGCAGUUCUUGGCCAUCUACGACGUGACCUCGAUGGCACACCUCGAGACGCCCACCUACACUGACUUGCGCGCCAACCGGUCCCCGCGCGAGGCCGCCACGAUCGGCCAGGUCGACGUCGACCGCAAAUUCUUGGACCUCGUGGCCACGCAGCAGAGCCCACUGUUUGCGCCCAUCGAGCAGCUGACUGACGACGAAGCGGUGGGACUGGUGCUCGUGUCGGUCGAGGUGUCGCUCAAGCCGGGCAUCGAGGGGGCCGAGGAGGCCGUCACCAAGUGGUAUGUGGACGAGCACAUCCCAAUGCUCUCCAAGAUCCCCGGCUGGCUGCGCAGCCGCGUCUUCCGCACCCCGUCCGCCAUCGAGGGCGGGAGCAGCGCCACCAAGAUUGUCACGCUGCACGAGUACGCCCGAGAGAAUGGCCUCGGAGGCCCCGAGCAUCAGGCAGCCAUGAGCACGCGCUGGCGCGACGACGUGUUCUCCAAGUACAUCGCCCACAAGGGCCGCCGCACCUACGAGCUGUUUUACGUCUUUGGGCCCGCACCGAGGGAUCUGCAGACCCUGUCGAGGCUGCCCCCGAAUGCUGCUUUCUCGAGCGCAGACGGGAAGAUUACGACGAAACCAGGGGAGAAAGACGCGGCAAUCAGCGCCUACGUGGUGACGGCGGACGGCUUGACCAUCCCCUACCGGCUCGAGGGCUGCCCAUCCCCAGCCGCGCCGACCGUCGCCUUUUCCAACUCGCUCCUCACCUCGAUGCACAUGUGGGACGCCGUUGUGUCCAUCAUCAAGGUGCAGCGGCCGGAUUUGCGCAUCCUGCGGUACGACACCCGCGGCCGCCGCGACGUGCCCACCCCUCCCGUCCCGGCCGACCUGGACAUGCUCAGCGACGACCUGGCAACGCUUCUAUCGGCGCUGCGAAUCCCCAAGCUGCACGCCCUGGUCGGCGUCUCGAUGGGCGGCGCCACCACGCUCAAAUUCGCCCUUAAGUACCCGCAUUUGCUCGACCGGUUUGUGGCGUGCGACUUCAACGUCGCAUCGAGCGACGCCAACACGGCCGCCUGGAAGGAGCGCAUCGCCGUGGCCGAGGGCCCCGACGGCGGCAUCCGGAAACUGGCCGGCCUGACGGUCGAGAGAUGGUUCCACCCGCACACGAUGGCCGAGAAGAAGGACCUGGCCGACCGGAUGACGGACAUGGUGGCGGCCAACAGCGUCCAGGGCUUCAGGUACUCCUGCCAGGCGCUGUGGAACUACGACAUGCGCGACGAGAUGAAGGGCUGCACGGUCCCCGGCUUGUUUGUUGUCGGCGAGGGAGACGGCAAGGGCGCCCUCGUGAAGGCCAUGGAGGGCUUCAAGGGGUUGCUAGGGCCGAACGGCGGGGAGCUCAAGACUGUGCCUCUCGCCGGGCACCUGCCUAUGUGGGAGUCACCGAAUGAAUUCUGGGAUGCCAUAGCCGGUUUCCUAUGAUAGUUCCUCCGUUAGAGGAGAAAAACACAGUGAAUUCGAGGUACGCGUCUGCUGCUCCUGAUUCACGGUGGUGUGGCGUAGUCACGAAAUAUGAACCUCAGAGGCAAUUGCGGCCUUUGCAAUGGCUCGUGGUACUUGAAUUAUUGCUCGGGGUAUCUGUGCAUCCUCUCCUAGGCUGCGGGUGGGUGAUCCAGCAAUUCCCCGUCGAAUAAAGCUCGCUUGU